CAAAGCAGGGCUCAGGAGCCUGCAAAAACAGAGGACCUCCGGGAGGUUCACCAGCAGGGGCUAGGUUUGGGGUUUUCUGUCUUGGACUGGCUGUCCCUGCCUGCCUCCUGCCUGAGCUUCCGGGAGCCCACAAGGGAGCAGCCAAGACUGAGGGUCUGUGAGAAGUUCCAGGUCAGCCAGGGAACAGGAUGCGGGCUCCUGGUGCGGGCUUGGCCUCCGUGGCUUCGCUGGUGCUGCUGGUGCUGCUCGGGCUGCCGUGGACCUGGAGCACAGCGGCGGCGCUCUGUGUAUACGUGAGCGGUGGCGGCUGGCGUUUCCUGCGCAUUGUCUGCAAGACCGCGAGGCGGGACGUGUUCGGCCUCUCCGUGCUGAUCCGAGUGCGCCUGGAGCUGUGGCGGCACCAGCGCGCCUGCCGCACCAUCCCAGGGAUCUUCCAGGCAGUGGCGCAGCAGCAGCCCGAGCGGCUGGCCCUGGUGGACGCUGGCAGCGGUGUGUGCUGGACCUUCGCACAGCUAGACGCCUACUCCAAUGCCGUGGCCAACGUCUUCCACCAGCUGGGCUUCGUGCCCGGUGACGUGGUGGCCAUCUUCCUGGAGGGCCGGCCGGAGUUUGUGGGGCUGUGGCUGGGCCUGGCCAAGGCGGGCGUGGAGGCCGCUCUGCUCAAUGUCAACCUGCGACGUGAGCCCCUUGCCUUCUGCCUGGGCACCUCGGGCGCCAAGGCCCUCAUCUUUGGAGGGGAGCUGGCAGCAGUGGUGGCUGAGGUGAGCGGACAGCUUGGGAAGAGUCUGCUCAAGUUCUGCUCUGGAGACUUGGGUCCUGAGGGCACCUGGCCAGACACCCAGCUCCUGGACCCACUGCUGAAGGAGGCGUCCACCGCCCCCCUGGCCCAGUCCCCCGGCAAGGGCAUGGAUGAUCGACUCUUCUACAUCUACACGUCGGGGACCACGGGGCUACCCAAGGCUGCCAUUGUCGUGCACAGCAGGUACUACCGCAUCGCAGCCUUCGGCCACCAUGCCUACAGCAUGUGCGGGGCAGAUGUGCUCUACGACUGUCUGCCCCUGUAUCACUCCGCAGGGAACAUCAUGGGCGUGGGGCAGUGUCUCAUCUAUGGGAUGACGGUUGUCCUCCGCAAGAAGUUCUCAGCCAGCCGCUUCUGGGAUGAUUGCGUCAAGUACAACUGCACGGUGGUCCAGUACAUCGGAGAGAUCUGCCGCUACCUGUUGAAGCAGCCAGUGCGGGAGGCCGAGGGGCAGCACCGUGUGCGCCUGGCGGUGGGCAAUGGGCUGCGGCCGUCCAUCUGGGAGGAGUUCACCAAGCGCUUCCGCGUGCGCCAGAUCGGCGAGUUCUACGGCGCCACGGAGUGCAACUGCAGCAUCGCCAACUUAGAUGGGAAGGUGGGCUCCUGUGGCUUCAACAGCCGCAUCCUGCCCAAUGUGUACCCCAUCCGGCUGGUGAAGGUCAAUGAGGACACCAUGGAACUCCUGCGGGACGCCCAGGGUCUCUGUAUCCCAUGCCAGACUGGGGAACCCGGCCUCCUAGUGGGCCAGAUCAACCAGCAGGACCCGCUGCGACGCUUCGAUGGCUAUAUCAGCGAGAGCGCCACCAGCAAGAAGAUUGCCCACAACGUCUUCUGCAAGGGCGAUAGUGCCUACAUCUCAGGUGAUGUGCUGGUGAUGGAUGAGCUGGGCUACAUGUAUUUCCGGGACCGCAGUGGGGACACCUUCCGCUGGCGUGGGGAGAACGUCUCCACCACCGAGGUGGAGGGUGUGCUGAGCCGCCUGCUGGGCCACACAGAUGUGGCCGUGUACGGGGUGGCCGUGCCAGGAGUGGAAGGCAGAGCAGGCAUGGCGGCUGUCGCCGACCCCAACGGCCAGCUGAGCCCCGAUGCACUGUACCAGGAGCUACAGAAGGUGCUAGCGCCCUAUGCCCGGCCCAUCUUCCUGCGCCUCCUGCCCAAGGUGGACACCACAGGCACCUUCAAGAUCCAGAAGACGCGGCUGCAGCAUGAAGGCUUCGACCCGUGCCAGAUCUCGGACCGCCUCUUCUUCCUGGACAUGAAGCAGGGACACUUCCUGCCCCUGGACCAGGGUGUCUACAGCCAAAUCUGCUCAGGCGCCUUCUCCCUCUGAAGCCCCUUUGCUGUCCGGACACUCCUGGCCAGGCCCCUCAGGCGAGGUGGGCUGGGGCCGAGAAACUUGACCCCAGGAGCAGCGCGAGUCUCUCCCUUGCCCUCAUUCUCCUCCGCCUGGUCCCCUGAGCUCUCUCCUUGCCCUUGUCUGCCUGUCUUCUGCUCCUGUGUCUGUGUGUGUCUCUUCUCUCUGCUUCUGGCCUUGGCCUCCCUGUUGUCCCCAUCUGACCUCACCUCUUCCCUUGUUUCCUCCAUCUCUCCCCUUCUCCCCGUUCUCCCUCUAGGCACAGAGCAGACAUCUCCUGGGAACUUUGGUUUGCUUGGGGCUUCCAUCUGUCGUCCCCUCUGGGUCUUAGACCCAGAGUGGGGCCUUCCCACUUCCCUCAGCUGUGCCUUAAAGAGCCCCACCCUGCCCAGGCCUCCUGAGACCACUGGGUAGCCCUGUGUGAAAUCCGGGCAGGUCCCCAGUCCUCCAUGCCCAACAGAGGAGUGAGGGGCAGUCUUCCCACCCUGCCCAGUGCAGGGGGCAUCAGCAAGGGACCUCCCGGUCAGCUGGAAGUUACUCCUAGGCGGGGCCAGUUGCCUUUUGCACUUCGGAUCCCUUGUGGGUCUCCCCCGCCCUGCCUGCCUUUCCUGAUGCCCUGGAAGCUUCCAGAAUUGACUGAUCAUUUGGAUGUUGCUCCUACGUGAUGUUCUUGUUUGGACACCUCCACGGAGCUCCUGCUGGAGGGACCUGAAGACUGCUGGGUGGCUGCCUGGCCUGCUACUCAGGCACUCACCAUGGCAGAUGCCUCUUGGGUGUCGCCAUCCAGUGGUGGCUGUGGGAGCCCUGGGAGUGGCCCCAGUGGAGGAAAGUCUGCUGUUGCGGGCAUCCGAGAUGGCUUCAGGGGGAGUCACUGAAUGUGCCUGCCGGCCUUGCUGGUGACAGCCUGGAUAAUCCGGCUGGUAUGGCUUGGACAUCCCCACUGCCUUCCUUGGUGGCCCAUCCUGUACUCCUGUGGCUGGGGCUGGCCGCUCUGCCUGCCUGUCAGUUUCUCUGGCAGCACCGUCUGGCACCUAGAAUACACAGUAGGGCCAGUAGCGGGUGACCCUGCAUUGUUUUGAAUGGGCCUUUCUAAGCACCAAGGUUUUGUUUCCUAGUUGAGUUUAAGAAAUAAACCUGCAGAAUACCCGGUGCCUGACAGGAGCCCAGUCAUUUGUCCCUAUGUGGCAUGGAACGCUUUCUGAGUCUCAGAAGGCAGGAUCCUCAUUGAACAUGCUCCACCAGACACAAGCAAGGCAAACUUGGCCUUUUCUUGCCCUAUUGCCUGUUCUUCCACCUGCAAGGUCUUGCAGGAGAGGGGGACUCAGGUUAACAUUCUUGCUGCUUUGCUGUAGCCUCUGGGGCCUCCCAAAACCCUGUACUGGCCUGUUUUUGCAGGGGAGGGUCGGCCCAUCUACCUGUGGGUUCGAACAGCUACAGAGGAUGGCCCAGAACAGAGUGCCUUGGCAUGCGCUGCUGCCCAGGAAGGGUGCCCCUCUUUGUAUGGGGCCAGCAGGUGUGGCUGUAGCUCUGGGUGAGAGCUGCUGAGCCUGUAGCUCUUGAGUGACUGAGCUGGAAUUUUAACCCAAGAUAUUGGGCUCCAGGGUCUAAACCCUCAACUUACGCCCUGGCUGGUGUGGCUCAAGUUAGUUGGAGAAUUGCCCUGUAAACUGAUAGGUUGGGCGUUCAAUUCCCAGUCAGGACACAAGCUAGGUUGUAGGUUUGAUCCCAGAUUGGGGUCUGUAUGAGAGGCAACCAAUCAAUGUUUCUUUCUCCCUCCAUCACUAAAAUCAAUAAUCAUUUUUAAAAAAUUAAACUCAAUUUCUACCUCCUGCUGUUCCCUCUCCAGUAUUAGUGUCUAUCUCGUCUCCACUUCUGAGGCCAGAGGAAGAAAGGUUCGGGGUGACAGCAUUGGCUGGGAGGGGACACUGCGGGUAUAUUGGGAUGGGCAAGGCCUUGGCUGGGUCAUGGCUGAUGAACCAUCAAUGUGUAAGGUGGGUCCUUGAAUGCCCAGUCUGCAAGGAGAGGGAAGCUAGGUAGAGCCCUCUGACAUGCUCAGUGAGGAUGGGAGGGUCUGCUGCAGGUGGGUGUAGGUACGGUUCCCCUGGUGUACUGGUAAGUGCAUUCUGGGUAACACCCCUUGAGACAUCAUGACCAUCUCCAUACGUCGUCAUGGUCCCCCUUGCACAGAUGAGAAAACAGGCACAGGGAGUGGAGUGAAAUUGUCAGGAGCUACUGUCGAGAAAGUGGCCUGGUGGGGACCUUGAAGAGAACCUAAAGCCUGUGACUCUAGCUACAAGAGCGAAGGAAGUUCCCUCCAAGAUGGCAGGAAUCACCAACAGUAAUGCACAGGUCACUGCAUUGUGGGUUUUUAUGUGUAACCACAUGGAUCAUCCAGACCCCUGUGAGUCAGGAUCUUGGUGGAUCCGUGUUGAUCUACCAGGUAUCUUUCAAGUCCUAGUGGUUUCCUGGCCUCGGCCUGCACCUGUCUGCAUAGGGCCCACUUUACACAUUGAUGGCCCAUCUAGCCAUGACCCUGCACCUGGUGACAUGUUUGAGCAUGCUGGUGACAACAAUCCUGAUGACACCUAGGAUCAGAAUCUAUUUUUAAAACUUACUGAUUUUAGAAACAUGGAUUUGCUCCUCUUAAGCAUUCACUAUUUGGUACUUGUAUGUGCCUGACUGGGACUCAAACCCACAAUCUUGGCAUAUCAGGAUGACACUCUAACCAACUGAGCUACCUGGCCAGAGCCUCUAUGGUCUUUCUUCUUUUUUUCUUAAAUUAAUAGACUUUAUUAGAGCACUUUGCAGUUUACAGAAAAAUGAGUGGAAAGCACAUCCUACCUACCUUCUCACCAUUUUAAAAAAACGAUUUUACUUAGUGAGAGGGAGAGGGGAGAAAGAGAAACGUAUCAGGGGCUGAACCUGCAACGGAGGCAUGUGGGACAUCAUCCAACCAACUGAGCCAAGCCACUCAUGGCCCCUCUCACUUAUUAACAUCUUGCAUUAGUGCUGCAUUUGUUAAAAUUGAUGAGCCAAUAUUGAUUCAUCAUUAACCGAAGCCAGCAGUUUGUCAGGUUCACUCUGUGUUGUAAAUUCUAUUUCAAUAAAUGCAUAAUGACAUGUACCCACUGUUAUCAUAGAGAACAGUUUCUUCCCUCUAAGUAAUCUCUGUGCAUCUCUUCACCCCUUCCACCCCCACUCCAC